AUUUAUUAGUAUUGUCUUUUGUACUCUCAGGUAGAGGUGCUUAUGGGAUUUGCUUUGUCUCAAGUGCCAAAAUUACUUAGCUAACCUUGGGUUUUAUAUACAUUGAUUGUGUGUGUGGGGGGGUGCCAUUUGUUGUUCUGCCUCAGGAGCACUGAACACAGCAACAGCCUGGUGAAGGGGUGGCGGCAGCUAUGUAACUUGUUUGAUAGAAGUCACUUUCAAACCUGGGCUCUGUUGAUUUUGGUGUUCUUUGGGUCCUAGCCUGUAUUUUUUCCACACCUCUUAAGACACAGCUGUGUGUAACUGUGCACAUCUAAAACUAAUUUGGAAAGCAGUCUUUGCUGAGUGAGAUCUCAAUCUUGUCUCCUGAACGUUUUACUCGUUUACUGGGAACAGGAGUGAAGAGGUGGCCUAUUGCGCCACCUAAUGGAAAAAUGAAACUCCGCAACGAUUAGAUAGUAGCAGCAUAUUUUGUUCAUGAAUGACUCUGAAGGGCUGACUGCAGCCUCUGCUCCUCCUCCUUCUCUCCCCCCCCCUCCACUCUGUCCUCCUGGAUUCAUUUGAGAGCAAACUUGUGGAGCAGCUAGACGUGUCACAGGGCAAACACUCACCUGAUAUUCUUGGGCAAUCUCAUCUGAAGGAAGUUAGCCUUAUAUAUUCCAUUUUGAAUGGAAAAAAGAACCCUUCAGCCAAGGAGUUUCCAAACGAAAGAAAGAGUUAAAGGAGCCCAGGAGUAAUUUCAGACAGGACAGAGUUGUUUCUCAGACCUUUUUAGCUCCAGACUUCCUUCAGGACGACUAAGCCUGCGGAAGGAAAGGACGCUCACAACUCCACACCUCCAGGUGCAAACACAAGUGAAUGACCCAGAUCGAAACCCAAAGGGAGUAAAUGGGAUUUUCAAAAAAAAAAAUGAGACAAAAGACCAAAUGGGAGUAAGUGGGCAUUACCACAAAAGGAAAGUAGGCCUGGUCCCAAGAAAAGGAAGACUCUAAAGGGGACUUCAGUCAACAGACGGAGGCUCUCAUCUCAGAUCAAUCUAGCAAAAGGCACCGGAUGGAAAGCAGCCUACUAUGGAUCCUCUCUGCUUAUUCGGGAAUGAUUCAUGGACUUAUAACUGCUCCUUGAGCAAUUCCAGUGUAGAGAACCAGACUUCCCAAAGCAACAGAACCUCCCACGUGAAACGGAAUGAGAAUGUUGCUAAGGUGGAGGUGGCUGUGCUCUGCCUCAUCUUCUUCCUUGCCCUGACUGGCAACCUGUGUGUACUGCUGGCUAUCCACACUACCCGCCAUAAGCACUCCCGGAUGUACUUCUUCAUGAAGCAUUUGAGCAUUGCUGACCUGGUUGUGGCCAUUUUCCAGGUCUUGCCUCAGCUCAUUUGGGACAUCACCUUCAGGUUCCUUGGGCCAGAUUACCUCUGCAGGUUGAUCAAAUACCUGCAGGUUGUGGGAAUGUUUGCUUCCACUUACAUGCUCUUGCUAAUGUCCCUGGAUCGGUGCUUGGCCAUCUGUCAACCUUUGAGGUCUUUGCACAGGAGGUCUGACCGGUUGUCUGUCCUCCUCACUUGGAUGGUGUGCCUUCUGUUCAGCAUCCCACAGCUCCAAAUAUUUUCCAUGAGGGAUGUGGAUAAUGGGGUGUUUGAUUGCUGGGCACAUUUUAUCCAACCCUGGGGACCUAAAGCCUACAUCACCUGGAUAACCUUGACUGUCUACAUUAUCCCUGUGCUUAUGCUGAGCAUCUGCUAUGGUUUGAUCAGCUUCAAAAUUUGGCAGAAUGUGAAGCUAAAAACACUUCACGAGACCAAUGUGAAUCUGACCUCUAGGAAUCCCCAUGGGGGCACACUCUCCAGGGUCAGCAGUGUCAAACUCAUUUCCAAAGCAAAGAUCCGGACAGUCAAAAUGACCUUCAUCAUAGUCUUAGCUUUCAUUAUGUGCUGGACUCCUUUUUUCAUUGUGCAGAUGUGGAUUGCAUGGGAUGAAAAUGCUCCAAAAGAAGAACUAUCGUUCAUCAUCACCACACUCCUAGCAAGUCUGAACAGCUGUUGUAACCCUUGGAUCUACAUGCUUUUCACAGGCCAUCUUUUCCAUGACCUCUUGAAUCGAUUCCUCUGCUGCUCCUCUCAGUACUUAAAAUCUCGGCAAGGAUGCGACCUGAGCGUUAGCAAGAAAAGCAACUCCUCAACCUUCGUCCUGAGUCUCAAAAGUUCCAGCCAGAGGAGCUUCACUCAACCAUCCACAGCAUGAAGAAAAACCCAACUCUCCAUGAAUUGUACCACAAUUAGUUGGGUAGAUUGGCCUUAGCAUGUACAUACUUAAAAAUCUGAAGGAGAGAUAAACAGGAGUGUUUGGAUGUAAAUACAUACAUACAUACAUAUAUUACAUUAUAUAAAAUAUAUUAAAGUGUGUAUAUAAUGUGCAGGCUAUCCAUUAUUUAGCAGAGAUAAUAGAAAGCCGGCUAUAGUCUAAGUAAUAGUUCACAGAAUAGAUAAUUCAGGGCUCUAGUGCUGUAUUUUUCAAAAACAUGAUUGGCUACAUAAGGCAGUGAAGCCACAAUGGUAACAUCUGCCUACAGGAAUGGGAGAAGAGCUUCUGCUAUUUGAGCACUAUUAAGAGUAUAGAUCAGAAGGAAGUGGUGGAGUUUUGCAAGCCAAACUUCACAUGCCAGCAGAAUAACAUUGGAAUUUUUUCCCUGGACUAAACUAUUCAGGUUGGGGGGUGGGGUGAAAUUAAAUGUUCCAAUGCCCACCACAAAAUGAACUUUCAGCUAGAGAUGACUACAUCAGUCUUGGACUGUUCCAUCCCACCUUCAUGCCCCCAAAGAGCAGAUUGUCUUGUCCCAUAUCUGCAUUUAAUGUGAUUUUAAAAAAAUGAAAUUAAGACUUUGGGGGGGUCUGAGCAAUGGAGUUGCCUUAAUUUUCCCCCCUUUUUAAAACAAGUAAUUACCACUUGGAGCGCUUGAAAGCAAGCAGGAUCUGGGGACUUAGGUAUCAAAAGCCACAGAGAUCCAGCAGAAACAACAUAGUCACACACCCUCUGUUGCUUCCCUGGAAAAGUUCAAAUAUAACUGAAUGCCAAAUAGAGACAUACAACACUCAGAGAAUAUUUGAGCAUCCAUCAAAAUCUCCAAAGGACAAUUUUUAGGACAUUUUUUGGAUAAAAUUGGCCUAGAGAUUCUCCCCUUUACAUUCUGUUGUGGUACAAUGCUAGAAAAUCCAUAUCGUGUGACUCCACUGUAUGCAUUGAUUGGCUGUCACUUUAAGGCAAGAACCUUUUACAUUACAGUUCUAUGCCUUUUAUUCAGAAGUAAAUUCCACAGUGUUUAAUGGGACUUAUCCCCUUGUGGAAUAAGGAUAUUUUAAUUGAUUAUUUUUAUCUGCUUUUCAGCAGGGUGUCGUGUUUGCGGUAUAAAUGAGUCUAAAGUGAUAGGGGUUGGAUAGACAUUUAAAAAAUAAUAAACUAUGUUAAUAGUAAUGAACUAAUUAUCUUGUCAGAAAGAAGAAUCCCAGUAGUGGUUCAAAACAUGAACACUGGCUGGCUGACUCCAAAGUAAUGCAGCUUAGGGAUAUCAAAUCAAUAGGUUUUGAUUCAGAAAUCUUUCUUUUAACCUUUUUUUUAAGGUGAAUGUUAGUCUGUAUGAAUAUUGCAUAAAGUCUGAGCCUAUAAGGGCUUCUUCACUUAAGAAAAUGCAUUGGACAAGUUGGCAAGACAUUCCCUGGCUUUUUCAGAGCUGUAUCAAUGUGACAAUGCCAAUAUAAUUUGGCAGGAGAAUCACCAGUGUCAUUCAGGAGUGAUUCUACUGACCUCUGUUAAUAGCAGUAGAAGUGUGCAGAGCUUUUCUUACAUAGCCAUGCAUUUUUUAAAAUUAAAAAUUAAAAUUAAAACUGUGGGUUGGAUACAGAGAACCACAAGCAGCUAGGUACAGAAAGCAGCUAGCAGAAGGGGACUUUUCCGUUCCUUCCUCCCUCUCCUCUGCAGCCCCCUCUGAAAAGCUUCACCUGAGGGUUGGGGGACCUUCCUAAAUGGCAUGGCAUGGAGUGGACAAAAUCAGGUGCAGGCACCGUGAGUGGAGCUCUGCCUCAUCCCAGGAUGCUCAGGAAGGUCCCCCUAUUCCUCUUUGCAGGGUGCUGUUGGGGAGGGUCAGGAAGGAAAGUUGCAGUCUGUGAACUUCUUUCCACUCACAGUUCUCAGGAUCCAAUCCUAUCUGUAAACAAAUUGUUUAGAACGCUUUAUUUAAGAUUAAUACUUAUUUUAUUGUAGAUAACUCUGCUAAACAUUAUGUGAAUAUAACUUCCUUUCUGUGUGACUCAUGCAAAUACUUAAAAAAGGUUUUAUGUAAACAAAUGGUUUUGUUCUUUAAUGCAAAAACAUGGCAAAUAAAAGAAAUGGAUGGAAACACAAAAGAAGUGCAUCACACACAAAAUGUAGAUCAUAUGCAAAUACAGCAACAUAGCAGCAUACAUUAUGCCAUGCCUUAU